GCCAAUAAAAAUAAAUGCAUUUGGACAUAAAAACUUGUAGCUAUUAAAUAAUAUACAAUCAUAUUGCUCUCAGCUUGUUCUGUGGAAAUAAUAUUAUUUGAAAAGUAUUUUGCCCAUUUAGCUCCAUCUCUGCAUGAUGAGAGAUUAACAAAAAAUAUCCAACUUAGCCGCUGCCUUCAGAUGUUUUGAAAGUUGUGCACAAUGGAUGACGAUGUGGUGGUGGUGACUGGGCCAAAGAAGAUGCCGAAACCCAAAAAAUUAUAUAGGUGCACAAAAUGCAGCUAUCAGACAAAUCGUGCCUACAAUGUUCAACGGCACCUCGCCAAUCAUUAUGAGAAACCUCCCAGGGAACUGCAACAUUUGUGUCCCUUUUCGGGCUGCUCGUUUUCGUCAUUGCGCUGGGAUAAUCUGACGCGACACAUUCAGCGACUGCAUCGGGUGGAAAAACCGGCAGUUAAGGAUUCGACGACUCCCCCACCCACAUGUGAGGAUUCCGAAAUAAAGCCAUGUGAUGAGGAGCCAGCAAGCCCAAAGCCCACUGAUGAGGAUCGAACAUAUAUGGAUGAUGAGGAUCGUGUAUAUCCAGAGGAUGAGGAUCAAACAUAUCUGGAGCAUGUGGACCAAACAUAUCCGGAGGAUGAGCAUCAAGCAUACCCGGAGGAUGAGCAUCAAACAUAUCCGGAGGAUGAGCAUAAAGUAUAUCCGGAGGAUGGGCAUCAAACACAUCCGGAGGAUGGGCAUCAAACAUAUCCGGAGGAUGAACAUCAAGUUUAUGAGGAGGAUGACGAUCAAGCAUAUGCGGAGGAUGAGGAUCAAGCAUAUCCAGGAGUGGAGCAUGAGGAUGACUAUGAGGAUACAAGAUCAAUGACAAUUGAUGAAAUGUCCACAGCACUGUCAGCUGAAGCGUCUUCAGCAGCCAAACCUAUUCAAAAAGAGAAAGAUUCAAAAACACAGAAGAAAAAUAUUGCUAAACCAAAAAGAAGCCACAUGCAAGGCAAAAUUAUAUUGUAUAAGUGCAACAGUUGCGAUUAUCGCACCAAUCGUGGCUAUAACAUUAAGCGGCACAUUGUGAAGCAUGUGCCCACUGAGGGAGUCCUGCUGCAUGUGUGCAUAAUCUCUGGCUGCAAAUUUGUGACACCACGUUGGGACAACUUAUGUCGACAUGUGAAAAGGGUUCAUCCGGAAUCGGCUUCACCAGCUCCUGAUUAA